GAGAGGGAGAGGCAGAAGGGUGUGUACACACAUGCACCACCCUCUUCCCCAUUCUGCCUGUCACAAGGCUCAGAAACCCUCUCUCAAACAGAAAAUAAAAAAGUUGGGCAAAGUCUGUCUCAGCUCCAAUAGCUACCAGACACCCACUUCCUUUAGAGGACCGGACUCUCCCUCUCUCUCUCUUUAUCUCUCUCUCACACACACUCACUCACUCACUCACACACACACACACACACACACAUACACCCCCCCACACUCACUCCUGACAGAGAAGAUAGGACAACUGGAGAGACCAUACACACUUCCUACUCAUCCAGUAACUCACCCAGCCAUCGUCAGACGCUAAGACCAAGAUGUGGACUCUGCUCUUGGGGGUUACUUUUGGAUUACUGGCCUCCUCCAGGUUGGAACCGGCUCAAGCUAUAGCAAAGUCCCGUAGCUGCAGCCAUGCUGGAGUGUUCCACGUGGAGGGAGAAGCUCGCUACUCGUUGACCUUUGGUCUGGCCAAAAAACUGUGUGAGAGCCUGGGCGGCACCAUCGCCAGCAAGGAACAGGUCACCGAGGCCCACGCCCAAGGCCUAGAGACCUGUAGAUAUGGUUGGAUCAGCAAUGGAAGUACCACCAUCCUCAGACAGAAGGCCCAUGUUAACUGUGCCAACAACAUGACAGGAGUCUUCUUCCACCAUGACACUCCGGACCAACCCUUUGAUGCCUUCUGUUUCAAUGCAUCAGAUUUGUCUAUGAAGAACUGUGAUUUGGCAAUCAAUCCUGAUUCAACAGGACCAGAGAGUGUUCAGGUGACAGAUGGAGACCUUGCUUCUGAUGCUGCAGGUGAAGCCACAGAGCAGCCUAAGACAGAGGAGGUCCCAGAGGAGAAGACAGACAUCCAGACAUAUGCCCCAGCAGUGGUGGAGGACCAGGACCAGGUACAGCCAGAGGCCACAGAGGGAACCCCAGAGGACAGAGCCCAGCCUGAGGACAGAGCCAGCACAGAGCCUGACACAGUGGACACCACCUAUGCACCUGAGAAACAGGGAGCCGAGAGCCCCACUGAGUUAGUUGAGGAAGUGGACCCGACCCAACCUGCAUCCACUGAGGCUAGCCCAGAGGAACCAACAUCAGGAACUGAGGGUGGGGCCUCAGAGGGGGCAGCCACAGAGAGCCCUGACGGGGCGGAAGAGCAGACUGAGGGGGAUGAGACCCAGUCAGCCGGCCACAAUGGGGUGCUGGCCACUGAGAUGGAGGACACCACCGGGUCUGGGAUGCUACCGACUGGCGCUGAGGAGGGGGCCUCUUCUAUUGCACCACCUGUUGGACAGCCAGGAGAACCACAGGGCUCAGCCAGCGAGGAGGAUGUGCAGGAGAUAGUGCCAGAGCAGAAGGAAGGGGCAGAGGUCCCAGAUCAGCCCAUUCCCAGGGGAAGGAUGAAUCCAGGUGAGGGAGUAGCCCCUCCUCCAGCCGGGCACGAGAAUAGUAGCACACCCGAUUGGCUGAUUAUUGUGGGAGUGGUUGUGGCAGUGGGCGCUCUUCUCCUCGUGUGUGCUGCUGUGGCCAAGCGGAAGAGGUAGGUCUCAUUUCACCAAUUGGAAUUCUGAUCGAAAAUGAACUGUGUUCACUGCUUCCUCUCUCUGUCUGUUAGGUGGUGACAGUAUCCUAAUGUGUUCACUGCUUCCUCUCUCUGUCUGUUAGGUGGUGACAGUAUCCUAAUGUGUUCACUGCUUCCUCUCUCUGUCUGUUAGGUGGUGACAGUAUCCUAGUGUGUUCACUGCUUCCUCUCUCUGUCUGUUAGGUGGUGACAGUAUCCUAAUGUGUUCACUGCUUCCUCUCUCUGUCUGUUAGGUGGUGGCAGUAUCCYAAUGUGUUCACUGCUUCCUCUCUCUGUCUGUUAGCUGGUGGCAGUAUCC